CUCUCUGGGGCAGGGGGGACUCGGUCCCCUGCCCCUUCCCAGCCCGGAGGGGACCAGGGCCGGGCUGGGAAAACCCCUGGCCAGCCAGCGCUGCCGCCCGGCUCGCUUUGUGCAGACACAGGAAGGGGCUGGAGGAAGAAGCCGGAGAACAAAGCCUAGAGCCCGGACCGGACGCUGCUGCUCCCCGGGGUCUGUGCUGGGGGGGGGCAUUAACCCCUCCCUGCCCGGCCGAGGGGGGCUUUCUCCAGCCGGGAUCAGCCCCCGGCCGCAGUUGUGCGCCAGGACUCAUCCCCUAGAUGGGUCGGCGGCUGUAGGGGGCGCAGCCUGAGAGAGCCCGAGAUGCGGCUGGCUCUGGGGUGGGGACGGCCAGUCACUGCCAGCAACAGGGCCUGGAAGGGGCAGAGCAGUGGAAGGCAGGAGAGCCAGUGACCUUCGGUGGCUGUGUAUUUCACCGAGUCAGAGUGGGCUCUGCUGGACCCCGCUCAGAAAGCCCUCUACAGAGACAUCAUGCAGGAGAAUGAUGAGCAUGUGACCUCGCUGGGUGCUGGGAUGGAGAGUGAGACCGAGAAGCAGAAACCUCAGGAAGAUGCUGAGCCAGUGGAAACACAGGGGGUAUCAUUGCAAAAAUCCAAAGGGAAGGUGCCCGUGAGUCAUGACCAGGGAAAUGCCUGUGAGAAACAGCUUAGACCAGAGAGGCAGAAGGCAAACAAGCCAGGGAAGAGAGGGGGUAAAUCCAUCCGUUGUUGGGAAACGCACAAAGACCUCAAUGAAACCCCAGCCCAGCCGAGAAACCUCAUGGAAGAGAGAAAAAACACAUGUACUGAGUGUGGGAAAAACUUCAGUAACCGCUCAGGCCUUAUUAACCAUGAGAGAAUCCACACAGGGGAGAGACCGUAUGAAUGCAGCGAGUGCGGGAAAACCUUCCCUCGGAGCUCAGCCCUUAUCAUACAUCAGAGAAUGCACACGGGAGAACGACCCUACGAAUGCUGUGAGUGUGGGAAAACCUUCAGUAACCACUCAGACCUUAUUCGACAUCAGAGAAUCCACACAGGUGAGCGGCCCUAUGAAUGCAGCGAGUGUCGGAAAACCUUCAGUUACCGCUUGGCCCUUACUGAACAUCAGCGAAUCCACACAGGGGAAAGACCUUAUGAAUGCAGUGAGUGCGGGAAAAGCUUCAGUUAUCGCUCAGAUCUCAUUAGACAUCAGAAAACCCACACCGGAGAGAGACCUUACGAAUGCUGUGAGUGUGGGAAAAACUUCACUGACAGAUCAGCCCUUAUUAAUCAUCAGAGAAUUCAUGUGGGAGAGAGACCCUAUGAAUGCUCCGAGUGUGGGAAAAGCUUCAGUUACCGCUCAGACCUCACUACGCAUCAGAGAACCCACACCGGAGAGCGACCCUAUAAAUGCAGCGAGUGCGGGAAAACCUUCAGGCAGAGCUCACACCGCAUUCGACAUCAGAAAAUCCACACGGGCGAGAGACCUUAUAAAUGCUGCGAGUGCGGGAAAAGCUUUGCUGACAGUUCAGUCCUUAUUACGCAUCAGAGGAUCCACACGGGUGAGAGACCCUAUAAAUGCUGUGAGUGCAGGAAAACCUUUGCUGACAGCUCCGCCCUUAUUAGACAUCAGAGGAUCCAUACAGAAGAGAGACCCUAUAGAUGCUCCGAGUGUGGGAAAGGCUUCCAUCAGAGCUCAACCCUAACUAGCCAUCAGAGAAUCUGCAAGGGAGAUAAACACCAUGAAAACCUUGUCUAGGGCCGACAAAAUAUAUUUUUUUCAUAAUUUUACCAUUUGAUUCACUGUGGGCCUACAGCUAUCCCAGGUGAUUUACCUGCUUUUGCCUUUUGCAGUUCAACUUUUGGGGUUAAUCCCAUGGUCCUUUCUUUCAGCCCCUUUUUCCUAAGAGUAAGCCCCUUCGUUUUCAGUUGAAACCAAAUUUUAACCAAAAAAUUUGUGGGUUCUACAAAAAGUAUUAUUCUUCUCCCACCCCCCCCCCCAAUUUUCACCCUACUUUUGUAGCAUUCAUUAAUAAAAAUAACUUGUUUUAUCAGGAAAAUACAAGACAUGGUAUGAGCUAGACGUAUGCCUAUAAUACAAGUCCGUGUGUACACGCAAAGCUGCCUGUUGAAGGAAAGCUCUGUAUUUGUCUAGGACACACACACACACACACACACACACACACACACACACACACACACACACAACAAACAAACACACACAC